AAUCCCACUUAAAAGCUAUCUGGUGAGACGGCAACACUCGUCGUGGUCUUACGAAGUGAACGCGGAUUUCUUCGUCACCUUUUACUACCGAUUUGUCUUAAUAUGACCCGGUCGUGUUGACACAAUUGCCGGUGAAGCCACACCUGUGACCGCUUACUAAAACUUAACCUUAGACUGUUUAACGGUCCACACUAAUAUACUUAUGGGUGAUUAGGAAGAGACUGGUGACUCAUAGUAUACACUUUUUAAAGCAGCGUGCCAGGACGCGGACGGUGAACAACUUUUUUUUUCAUAGCGUGUUUCUUCUCAUUGUUAAACACUGACGCCCGACGUCCUGGCUAACUGACUCCUCUCACUGGACUCGCAUUGUACCACCACCAGGCUGCAGCCUAACCUUGGUCCGGGGCCAAUCAUUUCCCAGGAAAAUGUGACUGUUAGGAAUUCCCCACGCAUCAGCCCCUGUCGGAGAAAACUGCAACCUUGUGUCAGGGAGCGAAACUGGAGAGCAGCGGGAGGGAGGAGGGAAACUGCCUAGCCGGCGACGACGGUGCGAUGAUGUUGCUGCUGUACCGUUUUGACUCCAACUGGCACCGGGGAUAAUAAUAUUUUCUACCGGUCGGCGAGGUUCAUGAGGACAGACACUUCACUGCCUGUUUAUGGCCAGGGAGCCAUGCUGUGCGGGGUGACAACUUCUAGCUAACAGGAUCGAGACCUGUUUGGUUGCUAUAAUGGACCUUGUCAUCCGAAUCCUGUGUCUUUGAGGUGUAGAUGCUCCAGGGACCCGGCCUCUUUAUCACAGAGGGGACGAGGCUGCUCCCACCUGGGCCACAGCAUUCCUCUGAAACUCUGCUUGUGGUCUCUCUCUCCCUCUGAGCACUAACCGACCCAGGUCAGAGAACAGGAGGACGGCAACAACGUCAGGGAAGCCAUUUUGUGAGGAGAAGCUGAAUCUCGGGUCUGUGCAGAGAAGGAGUCGGAGUUCAUAGCUGGGAUAUUUUAGGCUGCUCCCUGCCCUCUGAACUCCACCGCCAUGACGACUGCAGUGCAGCCCACUGAACUGGUGUUCGAAUUUGCCAGCAACGGGAUGGAUGAAAUCAGUCAGGUGUGCAGUUAUUUCCUCCCCACACCCGUCAUUGAAUCCUGUGGAGCAGGAUUGAUUCUGGACGACCCGUCAGUAUUCCCGGCAGUGAUUGUUGAGCAGGUGCCUGCAACAGAUCUCCUGCAGGUGUACUCGGGACUGGAGUCGGAUGAAGUGUCCAAUGGCAUCAUGGUGGACACCACCCACCAUGUUGUGGAGGAACCAUCCAUCUUGGUGGGAGGGGUGGACCUCUCAGAAACAGCAGUCUCAGGUGCAGAGGACAGCAUGGAGACGAGUGAGGCGGCAGCCGCUCUUCUUAACAUGGAGUCUCCGAACAAUAUUCUGGACGAGAAGCGAAUGAUUCUCACCUAUGGCACGCUGCUCGAGUCAGACCUGACGUACGCCCCACUGAGGCCAGAUCAGAUGGACAACAGUGGCCUCGACAUGUCCCUAGAUGAGGACACCUCAUCCAUGGAUGACAUUCCCCAAAAGUGUCCUUUGAAACCCCAGAAAAAAAACAAAGUGCGGAAACCGCGGGCUGUGCGUCCCUGCUCCCCUAUCACCACCCCUAACCUGCCACUCAGGAAGAAGAGCAAAGAGGGCAAAGGCAAUACCAUCUACCUGUGGGAAUUCCUCCUGGCCUUACUGCAGGAUAAAAACACCUGUCCCAAAUACAUCAAGUGGACACAACGCGAGAAAGGCAUCUUCAAGCUCGUGGACUCCAAAGCUGUUUCAAAGCUGUGGGGCAAACACAAGAACAAGCCUGAUAUGAAUUAUGAGACCAUGGGAAGAGCUCUCAGGUACUAUUAUCAAAGAGGCAUCCUGGCUAAAGUGGAGGGCCAGCGUCUCGUAUACCAAUUUAAGGAGAUGCCGACUGAUUUGGUGGUGAUCGAGGAUGAAGACAUGGGCUCUGAAGCCAAUGCUGGCUAUGGAAACCAGAGAUCUAGCAAUGGCAGGUCCAUCAGCCGCGGAGGGUCCAAAGGGCACGGGCGUGCUCAUGGUCAACACCAAGUCGUGAAGCAGAUGAAGAAGGAGCCUCAUGAUGAGUAUCUGUACCAGGAAGACCUUGGCGAACAGACCGGGCAGCUCCUUCAGUCUAUCCAUGUGUUUCAGCAGCAUCAAGGGUCAGGUGUCCAAGAUACGACACACGCUAUGAGGACUAUCACUCCAACAUCAGUUCCCAUGGUCUUGACAUCAUCUGGGUCUCUUCAGUCUGUUCCCCUCACCACGGUUCUGACCAAUGGGGACUCCUGUCACUCCCCCCCACCGCGGGUUAUUCUACACACCAUGCCGUCCACCACGGCAGGUGGUAAAGAUGUGCUCACCAUUCAAACAGCCUCUCUAGCAGGUGGAGUCGGCAGCCUGGAGGAUGGCCUCCCGCAGCAGCUCCUGGUCACCAGUCUGGGCUCCUCCACUGUUUCCACCUCCUCUUGCUGCACUUCCCCUCCAGGAGUCAUUAGUUCCACUGCUUCCAACCUCAACGGCCUCCCACGUCUGGUCGCCAUCAACACCACCUGCGGGCAAACCAUGGUGGCACAGCAGCCUGGCACCGUAAUUGCCACCGUGCUGAAAUCCAGUGAUUUCCCAGGGCUGCAGGUCAAAGAAGAGAUGCUGGACCCCAGCUACUUUCAGUCGAUGGUGAACGGCGAUCCAUCACUGGUGGCACAUACGUUUGACAAAGAAGAGAUAGAGGUAGGGGAGGCGGAGCUGCAGUACAGGACUGUGAUCAUUGAUACAAGUGAAUGUCUGGCCCAGCAGGUCGCAAACGAAACUACGAUAAAUGGACAUUCCUCGCAGAGCAGCAGCCCCAGUGAGGGCCUGACCCCGGUGGAGGAGCUGGAAGUGCGCGGAGAGAUGUCCCUCCAACAUGAGCAGGGAAUCAAAGGCCUGCAGGAGCUGCCGCUGUCCGUUCAACUGCCUGCAAACUUUAUCCAGAUAAAGACAGAGCCUGCAGAAGCUUAAGGCUGCUGGACUCACGUGCACAAGCUGAACCAAAAACAGCAAUUAACUCCCAUUCUAUCACAGACAUUGUUUUCUUUGCCUACCACAGUGAUCUGAUCAGAGAUCAGACGUGAGGGAUCUUGCAGGGCUUUGCUCUUAAGGUUGGUCAGUUCAACCUAAGGAUUUAUUGUUUACUCACAUAUUUUGUGACCAUGUGCCUAAUUUAAAAGAAUAAUCAAAAUUUUUGUUUUUUUUCUAAGAAGUGACUUUUAAGAUUUGGAUAAUGAUCUGCAGACAUGAAGCCCCCGACACAGACAGAAACACAGAUAUACAGCACACGGACACAUGCACACGGACACCCACACUCACCCUUUUAGGAGAGCAGCCAUUGGAUUUAAACCAGGGAGUCUGUCUACAACAUGUGCCAGUUAGUUUUCUUCUUGCUUUUACAUCUCACUGGACCUUUUAUGUUUAAGGAAGAACACUCAAUUAAACCAAAAAAUCCAGGACUGAAUGCCAAAUGGUGCAAUGAAAUCAGACGUCUGAGAGUGUACGUGUGCGAGGUCUCAAACCACAUUCAGCUUUCUGUUUCCGUGGAUGAGGUGUGGAUGCUGUAUUAAGGCUGUCCAAUCCUGUGGAAAAAACCCACGCAUCUCAAAGUUUAAGUGAAGAGUACCUUCAGGAUGUCUGAAAGCUCGAGACACUGUCUUGGAAAAUGUCAAGUGGGGGAAAGUUUAAAAAAAAGAAAAAAGGACUCAAUGACUUUUCAGUCUUUUAAGAGCUUAUUACUCAUUUAUUUUCAUAUAAACACAAAGGUAUGCAUUUGCUCUCUAUUACUCCUGGUCUUAAAACACUGUGUUACUAUGGAAAUGGGCAUUUUUGGACCACCAAGGACAGUUCUACAUCAAAACUAUUUGUAUAGAGCUGCAGACUGAAGGCACAGUGAGAUUGAGGCACAAGUGGAGAGAAAGAAUUCAACCUGUGCUUCAGAGGCACAUAUACAUACAUAUAUAUAUAUAUAUAUAUACAUAUAUAUAUAUAUAUAAUGUGUGCGUGUGUGUAUAUAUAUAUAUAUAUACAUAUAUAUAUACACACACACACACACACACACACACACAUAUAUAUACAUAUAUAUAUAUAUAUAUAUAUAUAAACACAUACAUACACACACACACACAAUUGAGAUUAGAUUUUAAGGCCACAGCAAAUUUAUUUAUUUUCUGAAUUUCUAAAUUCUGUGUACAAAGCCACAUUUGUCUUCUAUUUACCUGUGUAUAAAUGAGGGAAUAUACAAAGAAUAUGAACAUUGAUACCAUGAGGCUCAUUUGGUAGUUUUUUUUGUAAGAUCAAUAUUGCUUUCCUUUGUACAGCCUUCCAUAUUAUAUAGCUUUGCUAUUUUCUAAGUUUUGGACUCAAAGUGCCCAGUGCAGCAUCAUUAUUGCACUGUUAUAUUCAUUUAUUGUCAAUAGCCUCAGUUGUGUGUCUGAUUUAAAACAUGUACUGAAUGUUCUUUGGGUUUCCUUUUUGUUUUUUCUGAGUGGACAUACCUCAGUACUGUUUUGAACAGUAAGUCAGUCGAGGCUACGAACUCACAAACCUUUGUUCUGUGUUCAUAAAGUGUGAGAUGUAUAAAUCACUAUGUCUUUUGGAAUCAUAUCUUACCAGUGCUGUUUUUGUUUUUUUAAUUUAUCAUUCUCUUCUCACUUGUCAUCCAUAAUGACAUCCUCUCCCCUCUCUUAAUUUCAUAUAUUCUCUUCCACUCCUGCCUCGCUCUCUCUCCUCUCUCCUCCCUGGCUCUCAGGUCAGUCGAGUCCGUGCCUUCUUUAUCUGCUGUCCCACUUUGUUAAGGACCUCCCUGGUCAGUCGUCCGAUUGGCCCGUCGGUUCGGCUCGGGAUGAGAAGCCAUAUUGAUCCUUAGUGGUAUCACAGCUUAAAUUGGUUGCAUUUUCCACCCACUCUGUAGCUGCAGAGUGGGGGGACAUUCAGACACACUGACCUCCGUCUGCUCUGGCACCUAAGGACAGCAGUUUAAAUGCUGCUUCACAACCCCACAUCAGCCAAAGUGGUCUGCAAAGACAUUCUGAAUGUAUACUUCCAUUCUGACAAUCAGUAAUUACACUGGGUUACAUUUGCAUUGAACUCUGUCAGUCUUAAAUGGGGAUUUGCUGCUUUUUUUUUUUGCGUUGUAUAUAUUCUUGUAUUUCCCUGCCUAUUUUCUUUUAAGCACUGCUUGUCUGUGAAAAUGUUGAGGUAUGUCCAUUGCUUAUGUUGUUGUUGUUGCGUCUUUUGUCUUGGGUUGUCAUUGGCCUCCUUUAUGCUGAAUAUAGAAUAGAUUUUUAAGAAAAAGUCAGUGUACUAAUUAAAAACAAAAUCUUCCUCA